UCUGGGCCUCACCAGUCAGAACUGAGCAGUAAUCAAAGCAGACAAACAGGUCGAACUUUAUUAUCAACCACUCGAUACCAGCUACAGGAACAGCCACAGGUCCUCCAAAAUACAGUGUACAGGAAAGAGUUGCAAAAUCAAAAAGAGCUUUUGGGGCAGCAGGAACACUGUAGCUUCCUCUGGGGCCCGGAGAGUCGGCUUUAAGCUUUUCACAGCUGAUGCAAGAAGAUAUUUUUUCCCCCCUUGGAUGUUAAAUUGAAAUUUCAGGACUCUUGUGAUGUUGGUAUGGUGAACUGAAGCUGAUGACCUGAAGAGAGACUGGGAAAUCUGUCAGUGUCACUACAUCGCCCUGUCCAGUCCAGCCAAGAACCAGACGAAGUGAGAGAGACUUUGUCGGACAGGAACAGAGACAUUAACUAUUACAGGCUGUGAGGACUGAGUGAUUUUCUGGCCCCGACUAGGUCUGUAGUGUUCCCACCAUGGGAAAGACUGGGCAGAGUACAGUGGACUUGAACUCCCCGUCAGAGGUCAAACAAGCCAUUCCCUUUGAGGAACUGGAUGCGGUGGUGCCCCCUGCAGACGAAAAGAAGAAAAAAGAGGAGCCACCUGACAGGGGAAGCUGGAAGGGCAAGUUUGACUUUCUGCUGUCGUGCGUGGGAUACGCCAUCGGGUUAGGAAAUGUCUGGAGGUUCCCCUAUCUGUGUGGCAAGAAUGGAGGAGGGGCCUUCCUGAUCCCAUACUUUUUGACUCUGGUGUUUGCUGGGAUACCUCUCUUUUUCCUGGAAACAUCUCUGGGACAGUUCACCUCAGUGGGAGGGCUAGGAGUAUGGAAACUCAUCCCUAUGAUGAAAGGUGUUGGUCUGGCUGCAGUGGUGCUGUCCUUCUGGCUCAACAUCUACUACAUUAUCAUCAUCGCCUGGGCACUCUACUAUUUAUUCAACUCCUUUGGUUCGGAGCUUCCUUGGCAAAGCUGUGAUAACCCCUGGAACACAGAGAAAUGUUUUUCCAACUACAGUCUGACAGACACCACCAACUUGACCAGUGCUGUCACUGAGUUCUGGGAGCGUAACAUGCACCAGCUGUCCAGUGGUCUGGAGGAGCCAGGAGAGCUACGCUGGCCCUUAGUGGGCACUCUGGCUCUGGCGUGGGUCCUUGUCUACUUCUCAAUCUGGAAAGGAGUGGAGUGGACGGGGAAGGUGGUGUAUUUCUCAGCCACCUAUCCCUACUUCAUGCUGUUCAUCCUGUUCUUCCGAGGGGUCACUCUGCCCGGAGCCACAGACGGGAUCCUCUUCUACAUUACUCCAGAUUUCAAUAAACUCAUUCGUUCUGAGGUGUGGCUAGAUGCAGCAACUCAAAUCUUCUUUUCCUACGGUCUGGGCCUAGGCUCGCUCAUCGCACUGGGGAGCUACAACACUUACAACAAUGAUGUUUACAGGGACUCCAUCAUAGUGUGCUGCAUCAACUCCUGCACAAGCAUGUUUGCUGGCUUCGUCAUCUUUUCCAUCGUAGGCUUCAUGUCCUACAUCACUAAGAAACCUGUGCAAGAAUUAGCAGCAUCAGGUCCAGGUCUGGCUUUUUUAGCCUAUCCUCAGGCUGUCACCCAGCUGCCCAUGUCCUCUCUAUGGGCCAUCCUCUUCUUCUCAAUGCUCAUGAUGCUGGGCCUGGACAGUCAGUUCUGCACAGUGGAAGGCUUCAUCACAGCUCUGAUGGAUGAAUAUCCUCUGGUGCUGAGGAAGAGGAAGAAGGUCUUCAUCCUCAUCGUCUGCUUCAUCUCCUUCAUCAUCGGCUUCUCCAACAUCACACAGGGUGGUCUGUACGUGUUCAAGCUGUUUGAUUACUACUCCGCCAGUGGGAUGUGUCUCCUCUUCCUCGUCUUCUUCGAAACCGUUUCCAUAUCUUGGCUUUAUGGAGCUGAAAGGUUUUAUAAGAACAUUGAAGACAUGAUCGGCUAUCGGCCAUGUGCCUGGUGGAAACUCUGCUGGAUGUUCUUCACACCACUGAUCUGCCUGGGGGUGUUUACCUUCAGUGCCAUCGAGAUGACCCCUCUGACCUUGGGGAAGUACGUGUACCCCCUAUGGGGCCAAGUGACUGGCUGGUUCAUGGCUUUGUCUUCUAUGAUCCUGAUCCCGGGCUAUGUCAUCUACAUGUUUUGCACCACCAAAGGCAGCAUCAAACAGCGCUGGCGGAGGAUGACAACCUCCCAGGAGGAUGAAAAGCCAUCGGGGCAUGAAGAAUUUACACACACAGGGAGCGUGGGUGAAGCUCCGGUCUAGCCAGGAUUGCUCAGGUAGAAAUAAGCUGACUGCCAUUUUCCCCCAUCUGCCAGGACUUACUGUGGCCGACACUGAAAUUUGACAAUUGAGCAGAUGGAGUGUUGUACAGUAUUUUACUAGAGUAUUUUCCUCCAUUUUAAAGUUGGGCCAAAAAAUAAGGCAAACAAAACAAGAGGACGAGGAGGCCCUUUUGAUAAAUAUAAAUUUCCUUUUGCAGUAAAAUCUCUGACCACAAACUGAAUGCUAUAGAUCAGCAAUGCACCUGCGUACGUACAGCAUACUACAUUAUGACCAUAUAUCUUCACCCUACUUGUAAAAUUUUCUCCACCGCUCAUCAAAAUCAAUCAUUGUUUAUAAGCUUGCCACAAAUGUAAUGAAUGUUGUUGUACAGAGAAAUUACACAAUCUUGUAAAACUUGACUUUAAGCAUCAAAUUGUAACGCAUCAAAGAUUGUUUGCUCAAGGUGAAGCAGCAGCACCAACCAGCCAUCCACUGUGAUAAAGUAAAUAUCACAUUUACCAUUAAAAACGUCUGUGAACCACACUGCUAUAUUUGUUGCCUUUGCUGAGCCAGACCUACAGAGAUGAAAACAAACAAUAAACAUCUGUAAAUAUAAUAUAGAUGUGAUGAAGGUUGUACAGGCUAAUUAACAUAGACUGUUUCAGAAUUAACUCAGCUUUAAGUUUUAAGAUACUUUUAAGUUUUAAAUGAUGUUGUAUAAUCUCCAGUAUUAGCCGUCAUGGUGGCUUGUUUAAUUCAAAUAAUAGAAAACUGUAAAUAUAAUUGUAUCACUAUAUAAAGUAAAUUAUGUGUUUUUUAAGUAAGUGUUUUUCAUACAUUGGAUGGUGAACAAGUGCAAAAGUCUCACUUGUGUCAGUUUAGAGAAUAUGUAAAAUGACAUGUGUAUGUAUGUCAAUAAAAUCAGA